GUGCUCGACGUGCUCUUUGAGCCCAGCCCGGCCAUCCACAACACGCUGUUGCCCGUGAUCCGCACCGCCGUCUACACCUCCUAUCCCGACCUGAUAGACGUAUGCCAGAUCCGGCUGCUCGCUCUCGCGGCAAAGUCCGCCGAGACAGAACCGCAUCCAGUCCUGCUCUCCGUGCUCGGAUCCCAUCCCCGUCUUGGCGAGAAGAACAUUGAGUCGGCGCAAUCCGUCGCUGAACAGGCAAACAUCCAGGGCGGCUCCGAAGAAGAGCUGGCCACGCUCAACAGGGAAUACGAAGAGGCGUUCCCGGGACUCAGAUAUGUCGUCUUUGUCAACGGCAGAGGGCGCCCCGAGAUCAUGGAUGACAUGAGGAUGCGGAUCGAACGAAGCGACUACUCAAUGGAAGUCGAUGCUGCAUUACAGGCCAUGUGCGACAUUGCAAAAGCCAGGGCUUCCAAGCUCCCCGAAGAUACUAACCGCAAGCAAUCCAACGGCAACUGAUUCUUUGAAAAAAAGAAGAAGAAAAAAGCCAUUAUAUACACUAUAUGCAUUGGUGGGAUAUUCGAUAUCAUAACUUCCUAGCUUAUUACAUUUCCGGGGGACAUAAUACUUUCUGGGUCCCUGCCGCCAACGCCCAUAGCCUUUACACUCAUCCAACAAAAAAGAACGCCUCCCCCAAAAAAGCCAUACAGCCCAUCCUUGGCUUAUGCACCAGCCAAGCCAUGCGAAUAAAUAUACAGUAAUUUUCCAGCCCUCCCCCGCCCUUUAUAAAGUGAUUUCCGGGCAUGCAAGAUCUCAUGAAUUCCGCCGUCUCUUUCUAGUAAAGUGAAAACACGCAAAGGACAUGUUUGCAAAGAGAUGU